AUGCAUUGUGAGAAGUUUCUAAGUUUCCUGAGAAUAUCUGGAACCACACUCUUUGGAGCCUCUCUCCUCACUGGAAUCAUAGUUUCUUAUAUUGUUGGCUACCAAUUUAUCCAUACAGAUGAUUACUAUUUAUCUUUUGGACCAUAUGGUGCCUUUUUAGCAUCACACCUCAUCAUCCAAAGCCUGUUUGCCUUUUUGGAGCACCAAAAAAUGAAAAAAUCUCUAGAAACCCCCAUUAAGUUGAACAAAACUGUUGCUCUUUGCAUUGCUGCGUAUCAAGAAGAUCCAGACUACUUAUGGAAAUGUUUGCAAUCCGUGAAAAGGCUAACCUACCCUGGAAUUAAAGUUGUCAUGGUCAUAGAUGGAAACUCGGAAGAUAACCUUUACAUGAUGGACAUCUUCAGUAAAGUCAGGGGCAGGGACAAAUCAGCCACUUAUAUCUGGAAGAACAACUUCCACGUGAAGGGUCCUGGUGAGACGGGUGAGUCACAUAAAGAAAGCUCACAACUUGUCACACAGUUGGCUUUGUCCAACAGACAUUUUUGCAUCAUGCAAAAAUGGGGUGGAAAAAGAGAAGUCAUGUACAGGGCCUUCAGGGCACUGGGACGAAGUGUGGAUUACGUACAGGUUUGUGAUUCAGACACCAUGCUUGACUCUGCCUCAACUGUGGAGAUGGUAAAAGUUUUAGAAGAAGAUCCCAUGGUUGGAGGUGUCAGAGGAGAUGUCCAGAUUUUAAACAAGUAUGAUUCCUGGAUCUCCUUCCUCAACAGUGUAAGAUACUAGAUGGCUUUUAACAUAGAAGAGGUCUGUCGGUCUUAUUUUGGAUGUGUCCAGUGCAUUGGUGGACCUCUGGGAAUGUACAGAAACUCCUUACUGCAUGAAUUUGUGGAAGACUGGUACAAUCAGACAUUUCUGGGCAGACAAUGUACUUUUGGAGAUGACAGGCAUCUAACGAACCGGAUGCUGACUGGCUAUGCAACAAAAUACACAGCUCGAUCCAAGUGCCUUACUGAAACACCUAUAGAAUAUCUCAGAUGGUUAAACCAGCAGACCCGUUGGAGCAAGUCCUACUUCCGAGAGUGGCUGUACAAUGCCAUGUGGUUUCAUAAACAUCACUUGUGGAUGACCUAUGAAGCAGUCAUCACUGGGUUCUUCCCUUUCUUUCUCAUUGCCACAGUAAUCCAGUUCUUCUACAGGGGUAACGUUUGGAACAUCCGUCUCUUCUUGUUAACCGUCAAGUUAGUAGGUCUCAUAAAAUCAUCCUUUGCUACCUGCCUUAGAGGAAAUAUUGCCACGCUCUUCAUGUCCUUCUACUCAGUGUUAUACAUGUCAAGUUUACUUCCUGCUAAGAUGUUUGCAAUUUUAACCAUAAACAAACGAUGGGGCCCAUCUGGAAGGAAAACCAUUGUUGUUAAUUUCAUGGGACUCAUUCCAGUAUUGGUUUGGUCUGUAAUCCUUCUGGGUGGCUUGAUAUUCACCAUUUAUGAGGAAUCUAAAAAGCCAUUCUCAGAAUCCAAAAAGAAAGUUCUAACUAUUUCAUCAUCCAUCUAUGUAUGCUGUUGGGUAGUGGUUUUGACACUGUAUGUGGUUUUCAUCAAAAAAUGUGGCAGGAGGAAGAAGAAACAACAGUACGACAUGAUGCUUGAUAUAUAA